CCUUGUGCGACGUGCUGAUCUACCAAACAUCACAGCCGGCGCGUGCGAUACUGCACUUUAGAAACCUGUCGCAACGGCAUAUGUAACCGGUCAGACUACGAUACUACGCAUUCCACAACACUGCGUAUGUACUGAGAUCGGCCACCACAAACCGCUACGCCACACUGCUCUACGCACAGCGUCAACCUCUCGCAUAAGACCAAUGCCUCGUCCACGAUAGCCAUGGCUGUCUUUUCGAAACCGCUUUCUUCCCACCGCCUCACCAGCGCGUCUGCCAAAGCUAUAGUUAACGACCUCACACGGCUGUACCUCCAGCACCGAACACGCAUAUCGCGCGCCGUCUACCUCACUCUCUUCGUCGCCCUCAUAAACCGCAUACGGAAUGCAAUUGCCGAGCAGAAGGCCGCUUCCAUACGGCGUGCCUCCAAAACAGCGGAUAAGACAACAGCAGGCGAGGGUGAAGCAACGGGGAGGAAGAAGGUAGAGCUGAAUAGAGAGUUCUUCAAGAACCUGCUGAGGUUGUUGAAAAUAUGCAUACCUGGAUGGAAGAGUAAGGAGUUCAGGCUCCUGAUCGGACACAGUGUGUUUUUGGUGUUGAGGACGAUGAUCAGUUUGUAUGUUGCGGAACUGGACGGAAGACUGGUUAGUGCGCUGGUUAGAGGGAAAGGAAGAGAGUUCCUCCUGGGACUGGUCUGGUGGAUGGCAGUGGCCGUACCGGCGACAUUCACGAACAGUAUGCUCUCGUAUCACCAGUGCAAACUUUCCCUCCAAUAUCGAACGCGCCUCACGAAUCAUAUCCAUUCCAAAUACCUUUCACAGAUGACCUUCUAUACGCUUUCUGCCCUCGACGAUCGCAUCGCAAACGCCGACCAACUUAUAACUGUCGAUGUAUCCAAGUUCUCCAAUUCGCUCGCCGAACUCUAUUCGAAUCUUGCGAAGCCAGUACUAGACAUCAUAAUAUACAACUACUCGCUCUCGCGCAGCGUUGGUGGCGAAGGGCUGUUCUUCAUGAGCCUGCUGGUUCAGAUCUCGGCCAAUGUCAUGAGAGCGCUCACCCCGCCCUUUGGCAAAUACGUAGCGGAUGAAGCGAGGUUAGAGGGUGAAUUCAGAUUCCAGCACUCCCGCUUGAUCGAUUGGAGCGAGGAGGUGGCGUUGUAUGCAGGACAUGAGGCGGAGAAGGAUACCUUGGAUAAGGGAUACUUCACGCUGAUCAAGCAUGUCAACCGGAUUCUGAGGAGGAGGUUCUAUCACGGGGUCAUGGAGGACUUUGUGAUAAAGUACUUUUGGGGUGCGUUGGGAUUACUACUCUGCAGUGUGCCAGUGUUCUUCAAGGUGCCCGGAACAGGCGGUAUGACUAUGGGAGAUCGGACGGAAAGCUUCGUCACCAACCGGCGAAUGCUCCUCAUGUCCAGCGACGCUUUCGGUCGCGUUAUGUUCUCGUACAAGGAGAUCACCGAACUUGCCGGCUAUACUUCGCGCGUAUCAACCCUCCUUGACGUAAUCGACGACAUACAAGCCGGUCAUUUCGAGAAGAAGCUCGUUUCUUCCGCCGACACUGAGGAAAACGCAUCCGUCCUACGCGGUCGCGGUACCGUAACUGAAGGCACGGAUAUAGAGUUCAUCGACGUGCCUAUAGUAUCUCCAAACGGCGAUGUGCUCGUGCGCAAGCUCUCCUUCAGCGUGAAGCCAGGAGACCAUCUCCUCAUCGUUGGACCAAAUGGCUGCGGGAAAAGCAGUCUGUUCCGCAUCCUAGGUGGCCUCUGGCCCGUAUACGGCGGCAAAGUACGAAAGCCACCAUUCGAAGACAUCUUCUACAUCCCGCAACGUCCAUACCUCUCGCGCGGAACGCUGCGUCAACAGAUCAUAUACCCAGACUCGCUGCACGACAUGCAUUCCAAAUCCAUCACCGAUAACGACAUCCUUUCGAUUCUCGAGACCCUGAACCUAGAAUCCCUCAUCGACCGCCCCGGCGGCUUCGACGCUGAAGCGCAAUGGGAAGACGUGCUUUCCGGUGGUCUCCAACAACGCGUCGCAAUGGCGCGACUUUUCUACCACAAACCCCGGUACGCUAUCCUGGACGAGUGCACAAGCUCUGUUACACUGGAGGUAGAAAGGGUGAUGUAUGAGGAAGCGAAGAGACUGGGUAUAACGCUCAUGACAGUCAGUCAUCGGAGAAGUCUUUGGAGGUACCAUACUAGGAUCUUGCAGUUUGACGGCCAAGGUGGAUUCUACUUUGGAGGGUUGGAUGCGGAGAGAAGGGCGGUACUUGAAGAUGAGAAGGAAGAUAUCGAUCUGCAGCUCAGGGCUGUCCCGGAUAUUGAGCAGAGGAUCAGGGAGUUGGAAGCUUCGCGGUAACGGAUGUGGAUGGAGGUUGUCGGACUAGUUUGAUAGGCGCUGGCAUGUGUUAGCAGCGGAUCUAUGUGUAGUUGUAUCAUAUCUUGCAUGGAAUGUAUGAAAUCGCGCACUGCAACGAGAUGGCAUCGCUUCGCAAGUUCACCGCGUGAUAUCCCACAAGAUAAUACAUACACACAUGUAAUGCUGAUCAGGAAUGGAUGC